AUGGCGCAACAGCAGCAGCAACAGCAGAUCUUUCGCCUCGCCGUCAUAUGCGCCAGUAACCAGAACAGGAGUAUGGAGGCCCACAAUGUUUUACAGAAAGCAGGUUACACGGUUUCUUCUUAUGGUACAGGAAGUGCUGUGAGACUACCAGGACCAUCGGUCGAUAAGCCAAACAUAUACCCUUUCGGCGUACCAUACAACGAUAUUCUCAAUGAUCUUGUCAAGAAGGACCCGCAGCUGUAUAAGGCAAAUGGGCUUUUGCCCAUGCUCGAUAGGAAUCGGCGAAUAAAGCGGGCCCCAGAACGGUGGCAGGAAAAUCGUGACAUAUUUGAUAUUGUCAUAUCAUGUGAAGAACGAUGUUUUGAUGCAGCUUGCGAUGACCUGAACAAUCGAAGUGGGGACCUCAAUCGACCCGUACAUUUGAUUAACAUAGAGAUUCAAGAUAACCACCAAGAAGCUGCAGUGGGCGGUCAACUUAUACUGCAGCUCGUUAAUACCAUCGCACAAUCGCAAGACCGCGAUGCAGAUAUGGAUAGAAUAUUAGAUGAAUUCGCGUCGCGGACGAACGCGCAGGUUCUACACUCGGUCUGCUUCUAUUGA